CCGACCACAAUGACUCGUUUCUUCAUUCUGGGGAUUCCGAGGCACGGAUAUUCCUAGAGGCAUUCUCCUUUACCUUCUUCACAUACUUGUUCGAAGGAAUUGUCUGCCCCUGUUCUCGGGUUGCCGGCCGUAGCAAACUGGCUGUGAUUGCCCCACACGUCUCUCGGCGUUUUUACGUGGAACAGAAGCAAGAAUUCGAUGAGUUCAGGGUGGAAUGCCGCGGCAGAAGACACUAGAGAAUGCAGAAAUGCCACGAAACCUCUAGCGCCCCUGAAGCGGAAGCGUGCUUGCUUUGUUGUGCGUGUGCUCUGGAUAAAAUCGACGAGUCGUGAGAAAGUACGCGGCAAAGCGUGCACCUGUGUUUGUUGUCGACAGUGCACACUAGAGAAAUAGUGGCAGAAGAUCGCUGUGCUCUUAUGCAGUUACAGAACCACAAGACUCUUGGGGUACCGUUCGUCACCCUUCAGCUUCUCCUUUUUGAUAACAAGUCGUUUUCCCUCUCAGCUUGCAUUCCUGUUCCUAUAGAGGGGCAGGAAAACUCCACACUGUGCCGUUUUGCUGCGGUAAUCGUUUGUCCAACGGCUUUCCUGCAGCUCCCUACCCCCUUUCUCGCCGCUAUUGCCUGCUGUCCUUACCCUCUUUCCCUCAACCCUGAUAGCGUAUGCGUCUCACUACGUCUGUUAGUUCAGCUCAACGAUGUGCUGCUGGUCGCUGCGUCCUUGCUUCCUCUGAAAUGCUAGUGCCGAUGAGAAAACGACAACGGGGUCUCGCUCAUUCGCUGACAUGUUUCUCUCGACGAAGCGCCGGCUAGGUGCGAAGGACGUACACCUGUCGCAAUAUCGUGUUCCGGGUUCUUCCCGGAGGACGACUGCCUCAAGGAUCGCUCUUCUUGAGAGAAAACGAACCGUUGACAUCUUCGCAAUGCAUCGCAAGCGCCUCCGUCCCGAGUGCAGGCACUCCGCGGUAGUUCAGGCGUCUCGUCUGUCGAAACACGACUCAGUUUCUCGCCAGGUUUUGCGUCCGCUGUCCUUAUCGGGGGAUUCCCAGAGAAUUUCCCUAGUCUAACUGCACCAUUUGCAUGCUACUGGCGAACCGUGCGUUUUCCUGGACGCUGCAUGUCGUUUUUUCCUGAGGACGCACUACACAAACGUUCCCUCCCCUGCACCUGCAUGUCUUCCACUCUUCCUUUCUUCCGGAGUACGCACUGAACGACACCUGACACGGUUGCACAGCAUGGCGACUGUGGGCAACCCUGGCAGUCCGUCACAUGGAGGCCCGGGUGUCUCUUCUCCAGUUGGAGGAAACAGGCCGUCUGCAGUGCGAGCGACGUCUGGCAUGGGCAACGAGACAGGGGCAAAGGGAAAAUGCCGGAGUCACGGCGGAGCUGGGGCGAAGAGCCGUCGAAGCGUUCGCGUGGAACUCAGCGAAGAGCAGCGGAAAGACAUCAAAGAGGCAUUCGAUCUGUUCGACACGGAAGGAACAGGCAGCAUCGACGCGAAAGAGUUGAAGGUCGCUCUGCGGGCUCUCGGGUUCGAGCCCACAAAGGAAGAAAUGAAGAAGCUGCUGAACGAGAUCGAGAAGAAACGCCGCGAACCAGACGUCAUGAAAAUGAUUUCCACCAGCAACCCGAACGCAGCAGCCGCCGUCGCAGCCUCAGCGCCAGUUGCGCAGACCGCAACGACGUCCCUGGGGCAGUUGGACUUCAACGAGUUUCUUGAGAUUCUCACAAUCAAAAUCAACGAGAAGCCGACAAGGGAACAAAUCUCUCGAGGCAAGGCACUUCGAGGAAACCCGGAGGGGUGGGCGGGCUUCCGCAUGUUAGCUGGUCCUACGGGCGUCAUCGGUUGGAAAGAGAUGAAGAAAGCUGCGGUUGAACUCGGAGAGAAACUUACAGACGAAGAACUGCGCGAGAUGCUCAACCACGCGUCUCACUCACACAAUAAGGGGGUCGUGACCGAAGAAGACUUUCUUCGCAUCCUUCGAGCUUGAGAACUGAGACCUCAGCCACCAACUGUGCGUGUCGGUCCCUGCUUCUGGUUGCUUCCAGUUGAAACUCGCCGCACUCGAAAAGAGUUACUGGCGACUCCAUUGUCCAUGAUUUGAGCUUCCCUCGUCCCUUGCCAUCCA